UUACAUUCUUACAUAUUGCUAAAAUGGAAGAAGUAGAAAACGUAAAAGUCGACGCCUUGGAGCGUGUUGACACUGAGUCUGUCCUUAAUUAUGACACUGUGUUAGAAAAGAAACCAUUGCGCAGCAGUGUUGCCUCUUUCUUCAAAAGAUACAGUGCUGUUCUCGUAAUAUUAACUGCCGUGCUAUUAUUCACAUUCACUUUUGCAGCAAUAGCAUUGUCAUCAGGCAGAAGCGCAAUCAGAAAGAACAGAGAACUCCUGUCAGUCGAAUUUGAAAAGCUUCAGUUCGAUAAUUUCGUGACAAUUAAGGGAGAAAGGGAAGAGGACUUCCCCAAGAUGGUAGCUGAAGUUCUUUACAAGGUUGCAGUCGAGUUUGACCCAAAAGAAGAGGCCUUGAUCUACGUCCAGUUCAAUGACUUCAACAAGCAACACGACAAGAAGCACAACAAUUACAGGCACAAGAAGACCUCGUACACCAACUUCAGAAACAACCUUAAUGAUAUAAACGAGCACAACGCAAAACCAAACCUGUCGUACACCAAGAACAUGAACCACUUCGGUGACAUAUCAUCCAAGGAUUUCAUGAAGAGAUACACCAAGAAAGUACUCUUGAACUUGCCAAAAGACCACGUGUCCACCUAUAACAACAACAGACCAAUGUCAGUUGAUCUCAGAAGCCAUGGUGUAUUGACUCCAGUCAAGUGCCAAGAAGAAAAUGAACUCUCAUGGCCAUACUCCGUAGUAGCAGUCGCCGAGUCAUUCGUUAAGAAGACAUCACAAAAGACCGUAUCCCUCAGCGAAAAACAAUUAGUAGAUUGCGUUACAGAUAAGAAAUCUGCAAACAACCCAUUCUUGGGUUACAAAUACCUUAAGGACUUGGGUCUGUUCGAAUCAGAACUCGUAGACAAAUCCACAACCAAGUGCCCAGCAUUGGAAGGUGAAAGAUUCAAAGUCCCAUCAUACUCAUACUCAUAUGAGCCAGAUUUGGUGGCACUCUUGUUGAAUGCAGGACCACUCACUGUACCAGUUGCAGUGAGCGAGGAUUGGCAAUUCUACGCUGAUGGAACCUUGGAUGUAUGCGGUGCUGAAUUGAACCACUUCUUGACCCUAGUAGGUGUCAGCUUUGACGAAAAAGGCAAUCACUGGAUACUCAAAAACUCAUUCGGUGAAGGCUGGGGAAACAAGGGAUACCUACUGUUGACUCGCAAUAGCAAGGAAUACAAAGAUGAUUGUGGAUUGACCUCCUUCGCAGUGUACGCAGUUUAAAGAUCAAAAAUUGAUAUUUAAUUAUAAUUGUACCACAAAUUCUGUCCAAAGCUUUAGUGCUUGCUACAAUAGGACCAUUCAUUCGAGUGAACCACACUAAAAAAUUCACACUGUCGUUCAUUCGGUUACACUUAUUAUGUAAUUAAAGCGUAUAACUGUCCACAAGAAGUAUAAAUUGCGACUCGAGGAACAAGAAAUAACAAUAUAUAUAUUGUAUUAAUUCGAUUUUUCCAUAGCUUAAUUUGUGUACCCCGUUGA